GUUGUUGGGGUGGAGGGUUGUUGGUUGUUGCUAAACUUAAUUCAAACAUUUACCAAAUUCAUUAUUUGUGCAGACAAAUGAAAUUACAGGCCAAAACCGAUUUGCGUGCUUCGAUAUUGAAAUUGCAGUUGCACAGAACCGAAUUAUGUGCAAUUUAGUCACCCCUAGUAACACACCCAUUAACCCCCCUCCCCACCUUUCGGGGUGCUCCUCUGUAUAGUUAUUUUAUGCACCUGGCAACCGUGAAAGUUGCCGCAUAACUUUGCUAAUGUUGUUGCCAGGCUAAGCAUAUUAUUUACGCUUAGAAAAUAGAGGAAUAUUCUUAGAAAAUUUUCACAGGCUGCACACAACGGCUGGCCAACAGUCGGAUUCAGUUUUUCCCCCUGCAUAAUGCCUACAAAUCCGCGUCCCACUACCAAUGGCAAUACCACCGAGGAUUGGCAAGUGUUUGAGCUCUUGUGCGGCACUGGAAACGGAUCUGCCUCGGGACAGCCACAGAUGUCUACGAUAUCGCCACCAACACACAGAGUGCCAACCGCCUACCAGUUGGACACAUCAUGCGGCAGUGCAGGAAUCACCGUCACAGAGCACCACCACGGCUUGGAUAUGACCACGACACUGCGCAGCGAGCUGGCCGCAAUUUCCUACAAAAAGGAGCGGCUCACAGGAGAGCUGGCUGAAACCCGCAGCGCCUUGUGCUCCAAGGAGUUGGAAAUUGAGAACCUUCGCUCGCAGGCCGCACGGCAGACCGCGCUCAUCGGCUCGCUGCAGAGUCGCCUGCAGAAUGCCGAGUCCCGCGAGCAGGCGGUGCAGGCGCGUUGCGACUCCACCAUCAACACGGUGCAGCGUGAGAAGCGCAGCUCGGAUGAGCGCAACAAGGAGCUCAUCUGCAAGAUCCAGCACCUGGAGACGCAUGUGGCCAACGAGGAGUCGCAGAAGGAGCAGGCCAAGUCGCAGCUGCACGAGCUGCUGCGUCGCCUGAGCAUCAGCCUGGGCAUGGACGUGUGCGAGGGCAACCAGAACUCGCAUGCCACACCCGAGUGUGUCGUGUCGCGGGCCGAGGAGGUGAUGGUUGAGCUGCAGCGUGCCAAGGCCAAGAUCAGCUCCACCUGCGACACGCUCAGCUCCUGCGAGAACGAGUUGCUGAAUCUCAAAUCGCUGGCCAACAUCGAGAAGCAGCGACUCUCCGCACAGCUGGAUGGGGCAGGCAAUCACAAUCACGAGCUGGAGGGACGCUGCAGGCAGUACGAGCGGGAUCUGCAGAUCCAGAGGGAUCGCCUGACCGAAUCGGAGAUCAAUGGGGAGAAGCUCAAGGAGGAGCUGCGUGGCUUCGAGUCGCGUUGCCAUCGUUUGCAGAACAAUCUGGACAGAACGCAGGGCGAUCGUUUGCAGUUUCUGCGUGGCUUGAGCAAUCUGCUGAAUGUGCCCGAACCCUGCGAGACGUUGAUCAAGGACAAGCUGAGGGAAACACUCAGCGAGAAUCAGGCGAUGCAUGCGCAAAUGCAUUCGCUGCGGGAUCAGCUAACCAGCGAACAUGAGAAACUCAAGGAAACCCAACAAUCCACCGAGUGUCGCCUGCGUUCGGGCGAGGCGCAAAAGUGUGAGCUGUCCGAGCGGCUGGAAAAAUGUCACGCAGAGAUUCACACUCUCCGCAAGGAUCACAUGGGCCUGUCGGAGUUCCUGCAGCGUCUCGCGAGUGCCUUGAACUGGAGCGAGUGCUCCGCGCCGCCUGCUUUAGGCGCAGACACCAAUCUGAUGGCCGACAAUCUGCUGGAGCGUGCGGAGCGUCUGACGGCGCAUUGUGAGCACGAGGUGGCCCAUCAUCAUGGACACCAUCAUGGACACUCGCCCGACAAGGGCUGCUGCGAUCACGGGGGACACGGACAUGGCCAUGGGAAGCUCAGGAGGGAGCGAUCCUGCCAUGAUAUUCCCCUGAAGGAGAGCAGCAGCGUCUACAAUCUGCAGCGUCGUGUGCGUGUCCUGCGGGAGCAAGUGCAGCGUAGGGAUCUCCACCUGGAGCUGCUGCGUCGCAAGCUGGCCAUCAUCGAGGAUGGAGCACGAGGCAAGUGCAUGCUCCAAGGCGAACGCGAUGAUGCCGUGUGUCGGGCCAAGAAGGCGGCCAAGCAGGUGGACAAAUUGAGCGCCCAACUGGGCGAUGCCCGUUCCCAGAUAGCCGAGGUCAAGGCCCAGCUGGCGGAGGCCGUGGAGUACAAGAUCACCUCGCUGGAGCGUGCACGAAAGAUCGAUGAGUUGUCCACGCAGCUGUGCGAUUUGGAGGACGAGAAGACGCGACUGCUGUCCCAGCUGAGUGCCAUGAAGGAGCGCAUGAAGGCCGCCUGCGAGUCCAACCAAAAUCGAAGAUGUCGCGAUGAAGCGUUGAUCAAUUCCAUGCGCGACGAUGUCAAUCGCUUGAGUGCUCAGCUCUCGGAUGCCAAUCAGCGGCUCUCCCAUCUGCAAUCCUUCCGCACCUCGGUGGCUCGCACUCUGCAUCUGAGGGAUCUGCCGGAGACGGAUCUGCUGCAUCGUUUGCAGGCCUUGUGCUCGGCCCAUCAGGAGUUUACGCUGCUCUCGAAGCGCUUUGAGACUGCCUCACCGGUGGGCGAUCAUCCUUGUCCGCGCUACGAUGAUCCUGUGCCGCCUUCGAACCACUGUCGACCGCCGCGGGAGCUCAGCUCGCCGCCGCCCUUCCACCACAAGACCACACUCCAUCCACAUCCACAUGCCAGCGGGGAGCAUCAUCAUAGUUCGAGCAGUCACAUCCACAAUCAUCAUGGCACCAGGCAUGAAGCACAUGGAGCCCAUGGCUCCCAUGCGCGACGACAGCGCAGCAAGAGCCGCGAUAAGCGCCUGCACGAUGAGUGCUUCGACACGGAUGUGCAUCGCAGGCAUCAUGGCUGCAAGGAUGAGCUGCUGGGUGCAGGUUCCGGCGGCAGCUGCGACGAUGAUUAUGACUUUAAGAACAAAUAUUGCUAGGAGUCCCCAGCCACCCACUUCCUUCCACUCAACCAACUCCAC